CCCCGACGGGCCGCCGUCCCCGCCGCCGUUCCCGCCGCCGCCGCCGCCAUGGAGGAGCAGAAAGAGAACCGCCCGCAGACCGCCCGGGAUGAGGCGGCGGCCGCUCCCGCAGCCUGCCCGCCGGGUAGGCAACCUUGUAGGAUCAGUGAUCAAGAAACUAAUGACAAAACUUCUGCUGCCAGUUCAAAUGACUUCAGUGAUCCGAUUUACAAAGAAAUUGCUAUAACUAAUGGUUAUAUCAACAGAAUGACCAGAGAAGAGCUCAGAAGUAAACUCGCAGAGUUCAAGCUUGAAACCAGAGGAGUGAAAGAUGUACUGAAAAAGAGAUUGAAAAACUAUUAUAAGAAACAGAAGCUGAUGCAGAAGGAGCACAUUAGUGGAGACAACUGCUAUGACUACAUCUGUGUUGUUGACUUUGAAGCAACAUGUGAAGAAGGAAACCCACCUGAAUUUGUACAUGAAAUAAUUGAAUUUCCUGUUGUCUUAGUAAACACACGUACCCUGGAAAUAGAGGAUACCUUUCAGCAAUACGUGAAGCCAGAGAUUAAUCCCAAGCUUUCAGACUUCUGCAUCAGUCUGACAGGAAUAACCCAGGACAUUGUUGAUAAAGCUGAUAUUUUUCCUCAAGUUCUGCAGAAUGUCAUAGACUGGAUGAGACAACGAGAACUGGGAACAAAGUACAGCUAUUGCAUGUUGACCGAUGGAUCUUGGGAUAUGAGUAAAUUUUUGAACAUCCAGUGCCGUAUUAGCCGUAUCAAAUACCCUUCUUUUGCCAAAAAGUGGAUCAAUAUUCGCAAAUCAUAUGGGAAUUUCUACAAGGUUCCUAGGAACCAGACCAAGUUGGCAAUCAUGCUUGAAAAUCUGGGCAUGAAUUAUGAUGGGAGACCUCACAGUGGACUUGAUGACUCUAAAAACAUUGCAAGGAUAGCUAUAAGGAUGCUGCAGGACGGCUGUGACCUGCGGGUGAAUGAGAGAAUUCACGGUGGACAGCUGAUGACAGUCUCCUCCUCAGUCCCCUUAGAGGGAGCCCCUGCUCCACAGAUGCCCCGCUACAGAAACUAGCAGUUCAGGGUUCUGCCUCGGGAGCUGCCCUCAGAUACCCGCUAAAGACUCCAGAGCUUAUUAAAUGGCCACCUCUGCCAGCUUGUCUGCCAUGCAGAAUCCUAAAGCACCUUAACUAAUCAUCUCUGUUGAAAUAAAGAGGAGCGUGGAAGCUGUUUGUUCUUUGAAGCCUGUUACAGCAGUUUCUUUUUGUACUGAUGACUUCUGUUGUUUCCAACUUUGCUAGCAGUGAGGUUGAUACCUGGAAUCCAGACAAAGGGUUAAGCUUUUAAGAACGUGUCAUUUGAACACCUGCUAAGAAGGAUUGGGCCUGUGUGCUGCUGUUCCACCUCAGCCUGUGGGCAGUAUUUGUUCACUGAUGUAUUCCAAUGAUACCUAGCAUCUGCUUAUUCAUUGCACACAAAUAAGCCAUUCCUGGAAGAACUGAAAGAGCAGUGGUUGGGCUGGCCCUUCCUGAUAAGGCACUCUGCUUAGGGUUCCUACCAAUUUUUUUGGUUUUUUACAAAGUUUAGGAGAAAGGGGUGUGCAUUCAUCAGCUCUAAAGCAGUAGAGGAAUACUGUUGUUUGGGGUUCUACUUUAAGGAAUAUGUUUUGCUGCUUCCCCAUCAAAUGGAAGAGCUGGGUAUUGAAUAAAAAUUUCAUUAAUGUAGUAUGAUGGUAUUUUUCCUAACCUGUGUUUCAAAAGAGAAGGUUCUGCAGAUUUUCACUUUAAGGAUCCCAUCUCUUAUUCCUGCAUAGCUGCCCUUCAUUUAAUGUUGUUUUUAGACACCGUCUGCCAUUUGGUCUUAAAAAUGAAUGAAGUAAAAAGUAAGUUCAAAACAUCCCUGGUUGUCAAAAUUUCAUGCUCUGUGAUUAUUACAUAAAACAAACAAGAAGCUUCUCGUUCAUGACUAAAGACAUGUUCAGCUAUUUUUGGUAUCUUCUUGUGCUUCUGCCACCAUGAAGCUAUGUCUUUAUUACAAAGUCUAACCAUUAGAAGAUUAAUAUAAUUUUAUUGUUAAAGGCCACAGCUAAUUACUAGGAACUUCUGCUUUCUCCCCAGGCCUCAGAUAAGAUCAUAUUCAAAAGAGGCCAAAGUAUUAAUUUGCUUUGUCUCCAUGGGCUGUUACAAAGUGCACCAUUAACAUGAUCAACUUUGCAUUAGAAUGGCUUGUUCUGAAAAGUGGAAUAAUGUAUUUUGAUUGCUCUAAGUUAAGAAAAAAAAAAUUGCUAUCCCUAUAUUGCAAUUCACCCUUUUUACCACCUACAUUCAGGACACAAUUAAUAAACUUCGUUAAGAACACAGACUAAUCAAACUCCUCCAAGCCCCACUUUGCUCCUCUGACUGUUAAAUGGCAUCAAUGGAACUGUGAAAACUUCCAUUUUAAAUUGAUGCUGAAUGAUUUCCUUUUUGACUCACAGAUUUGGACAGCCAUAACUGCUUCAGAAUGAUGUUUUAUGGUUUUGGUUUUUUGGGUUUUUUUUUCCCUGAAAGCAGCUAGUUGUUCACUUUUAGAGUAUUGUUGAACUUUACUGUUGUUUUUCCUUUUGUAGUCAUCCACUUGAUGGAUUUUCACAAGGUAAAAUACAAAUCUCUAAAUGCUUUCUCCUAAAAUACCAUUUAUCUGUCAGCCUAUAUUUUGUACAAAUUUUUAUAUACCUGCUUUUCAGUGUAGCAACGGUAGUAUCCUCUUUUUCUGAAGUACCACGGUAAUCUACUUUUUUUUUUUGUGUGUGUCUGAAUUACUGUUGUGCAAGUUUCUGUGACAAAAUUGAGUCUAGUUCAGCAGAUCUCCCCUGGGCAUGGUGGCAGCCAGAGACUUUAUCACUGGUCUUUAUUUACAGGUCUGGAACCAGGCUCACAGUCAAAUGAAAAACUUUUAUUUGUUACAGAUUAUACUAUAGGUUGCAUAAGAGCUGUUGUAAUUGUACGUACAGAGUUGUUUAUUUUUGCUAAAUAACUUCAAAAAGAUAUUUUGAGAUAAGGGUUAAAUAAUAAUUGUUUUCUGUUUACUGCUUGAGUAGGUUGACAUGAUUUUAUGUAUAAGCUGCAGAAAUCAGUGGAAUCAUUCCAGAUACUAUUUUAUCUCUUGAAUUAAUGUCCAACUGUAAGCUGUAAGUAUUUUGACAGAAUAUAUGAUUUUGAGAUGCAGUGAAUUUUAACAAUGUUUGCUGAUUUGUUUGAAAUGUAAACAAACUUAUUAAAAUAAUUUCAUAUUUUUAAACA